UCAGUUUCUGAUUUCACUGCCACAAAUUUAAAAUGCAUAUACUGAAUUAGUAUCAUACCUUGAUUUGCGCUCAAGAUCACAGCGGUCAGCAACCCAUACAAACGUCCAAUACUGCAUAAUUUUACAGCUGCUGCCAUUGCUAAUCAGCUAGUAUAAAUUGUUCGAACGAUUUACAUGCGAUUCAAUAAUUGGCUUCAGUCCGUCGAGCCUGUUCGAAAUCCAUCAUUUCGGAAAAAUUUCGUCAGCAAGUGAUUCAACAACUAAACAUGUCGUCGCUUCAAAUUCGAUCCGUUGGGACUGGUGAGAGUGUCGUGAUAACAGGGGUGUCUGGACGUUUUCCGCGAGCCAACAAUGUUCGUGAGUUUGCGCAUAGCCUGUACCGGAAACAGGAUCUUGUGGAUGAUCUUGAGACUCGUUGGAGGCAUACGAUGCAGGACGUUCCGCGGCGUACCGGAAAAAUCAGUAAUUUAGAGAAAUUAGAUGCAGAUUUCUUCGGGAUUAGCAGGUACGAACGGGACACGAUGGACCCGCAGGUUCGCAUGACGAUAGAACAUGCCUACGAAGCUGUUGUUGACGCCGGAGUGAACCCGCAGACUUUACGAGGAACGCCAACAGGGGUCUUCAGUGGGGUGUGUUUCUCGGAAACUGAAGUGUGCAUGUACUACAGAGCACGUCCUCCCAGAGGACUUGGUUUGUUAGGGUGUGCCAAAUCACAGAUUCCUAAUCGUAUUUCGUACUUGCUCGACCUUAAAGGUCCAAGUUACGUGCUGGACACUGCUUGUAGUAGCUCAAUGUACGCAUUGGACGUGGCGUACCGCAGUAUAAUGAACGGCGAGUGUGAUGCGGCUAUUGUUACGGGAGCCAACCUUACAUUGCAUCCCUUCAUUACGUAUCAGUUUGCAUUGUUGGGAGUUUUAUCGAAGGAUGGAUAUUGUCGACCUUUCGACAAGGAUGCAACAGGAUACACUCGUUCAGAAGCAGUUUGUGCUGUAUUUCUACAGAAGGCUAAGGAUGCAAAACGAGUCUACAGUCAUAUCAUUCAUUCCAAGACAAACUGUGAUGGUUUCAAAUCUGAAGGAAUAACUUAUCCUUCAGGAUCAGUUCAACAGCAGUUACUAACUGAAUUCUACGACGAAGUUGGAAUCAGUCCUACAGAGGUUGACUACGUUGAAGCGCAUAGCACUGGAACAUUUGUGGGAGAUCCAGAAGAAUGUGAUGCGAUAGAUAAAGUGUACUGUACUGGAAGAAACGGUCCCCUGCUAGUGGGUUCUGUAAAAUCCAGCAUCGGGCAUACAGAAGCCUCAGCAGGAGUUUGCUCGAUCACGAAAUGCAUCAUCGCUAUGGAGAAUGAUCUUAUUCCUCCCAACAUCAAUUAUACCGAAUACAGACCGACAAUUCCAUCUCUGGUUGAAGGUCGUCUGAAGGUAGUUGCUGAUCCUACCCCACUUUCGGGUCCUUUGGUUGGCAUCAAUUCGUUUGGAUUCGGAGGUGCGAACGCUCAUGCCUUGCUAUGUCGCAAUUUGAAAGAGAAGGUCAACAGAGGACUUCCGGAUGAUGAUCUUCCUAGGUUGGUUACGUGGUCAGGAAGAACUCGAGAAGCUAUUGAAUGCAUGCUUCAGGAUAUAGGUCAGCGUCCCUUAGAUAUUGAGUUUAUUGCUUUGUUGAAUAGCGUUCAGCAACAAGCUACUCCAGGCCAUCGUUAUCGCGGCUUUGGAAUUUAUCAGAAGAAUGGAGAUCGUGCAGCUGUUCAACAAGCAUCGUUCAUAGAUCGAGUGAAGCUUGAGGCUCGUCCAGUGGUUGCUAUUUUUGGAGGAUUAAACACCAACUGGAGACAAGAGCUAGAUGCUCUACGACAGUUUUCUGUAGUGGAAGCUACCUUUAUUAAAUGUAACGGUAUCUUACGAUCAUUGAAGUUCGAGCUAUACAAAAGACCCUCGGGAAAACAGAGCAUUCUUCACAACAUGGUCGGGUCGACUGUUCUUCAGUUGUCUAUCGUUGAAUUGCUUAGUUCUAUUGGCGUAAAGUUCGAUUUCUAUGGAGGACAUUCCAUUGGACAAUUCACUUGCGCAUACAUUGACCAAAACUUGAACCUAGAACAAUGCCUUCGAUUGGCCUUCUGGCAUGGAGUAGUAUAUUCAGAUUGUGGUUCAGUAUGUGAUCGUACUGCUUUUGUUCGAAAUAAUUCGAAACUGAGUCAGAUUACACUGGAAAAUUUUACCAAGGAUAAUGCUAAUACUUUUGGUAUAUUGACAAGCAGAGGAAUGACGGAACAGAUCCGACAAUUAAAAUCAUCUGGAUGUGCUGCUGAAAAGCUGUCGUUUUUGAAUGUGCAUACGGAUACAGCAAAAUAUUCAACGCUUGAACAAAAGCUACAGAAAGCCGUCAAUACCAUAUUGCGUAGAACAGUUCAGCCCAGUGACAAAUGGAUAACUGCCAGCUUGCCUCAGACAUCUUCUAUGUUCCAUUCGCCGAAGCUGCACGAUGUUACAUCCAUAGUAAAUUUGAUUGAGAAGAUACCGCGUCAUACACACGUUGUCGAAUUUGGAACUGCACAUUCGUGUGAAAAUGUUCUUCGGCUAUUAAAUCAGAGUUCAAAUAACGUUAAAUCAGGUUACGGUUCUCCCGAUAUCGUCAGUCAAUUGCUGCGUCAAAUAGGACAUUUACACUUGACAUCGCAGAACCUGGACGUUGCGAAGCUUUAUCCAGAAGUUCACUUCCCGGUGUCCAGAGGAACCCCGAUGAUUUCACCUCUGAUUCGAUGGGAUCACCGAGAAGAUGCUUUCGUAGUUAAAUACAACUGGGAGGAGAGUACUAAAUCCAACUUUCUACAUUUCAAGAUUUCUUUAUUCAGCCAAGAAUACAAACAUGUUGUUGGACAUAACAUUGAUGGAAGAAUUUUGUUCCCAGCUACUGGCUAUUUGCAGCUGGUUUGGGAGCUGCUGGCUAACCUAGCGAAUAGAGAUCUAGUCGAUUAUCCGGUUGAAUUCGAGGACGUCCGAUAUGUGAGAGCCACAACUUUGACGAAAGGACAACCAGUUGAACUGCUAAUAACAAUUCAGGAGGUGUCAGGACGAUUCGAGAUCUCUGAAGGAAGUACGGUAGUUGUAACAGGAAUGGCAAGAAUGUUGAAAGAUGCAAACUAUCCAGCAAUUGAAGACGUAUCAACGCCAGCAAUAACAAUGAAAACGAAAGAUUUCUACAAGGAGCUUCGUUUACGUGGAUACUACUACACGGGUCUGUUCAAAUCAGUGUUGGAAGCAAAAUCCGAUGCAACAAUGGCAAAGAUUCAAUGGAAGGGCAACUGGAUGGCCUUCCUGGAUUGCCUACUACAAACUGGCAUAAUUGCAAUCGACACCAGAUCCUUGAUGGUACCAACGGCAAUACAACGGCUUUGUAUUGCUCCGAAAGCCCAUUUAAAAAUUAUGGAACGAGAAGGAGAAGACUGUGAGUUCUUCACGAUGAAGUCCAGCCCGAACACCAAUGUUUCAGUUUGCGGUGGCAUCAUGAUUUGUAAUCCUCGGGCCAGCAGUGUAGGUCGCAGAAAUCCUCCGGGUAUUCCAAUUUUGGAGACCUAUCAAUUCGUACCGUAUCACUCAAACAAUCAAGUUUCAGCUUCAGAAGCGAUUAGGAUGUGUGUUCAGCUGGCACUAGAGAAUGUCCCAACGUUAUCAAUCAAUGUGACGGAAGUUCAUAGCGAGCGAGUUCCGAUUAUCGCACACUUGUUUGGAGGGGCCAUUGCUGAUCUUCCGUUGGUGAAAGCCAAUCUAACCGUGUUAGCUAAAGCAGAAAUGGAGCUCGAUAAUGUCACCGUUAAGCUGGAAAAGUUAUCUGAUCAAUCAAACUUGCUCUUUUUGGUAACCGACAGUAACUGGAGCGAACCAAACUUUUUGAAAGGUGCGGUUGGUCUCUUGGUGGACCGAGGAUUCAUCGUUGUCCGUGAGAAGAUCAACUUCAAUCUAGACGAUCUAGAAUUUCCAGACGAACUUAACAUGAUUGCAUCAUUUCGAGUUGACGAAGGAGAAACAUAUAUCUGUUUGCAGCGUAAAACCAAAGGAUUCAAUGAUACUCCUGCAAUUUUGCAAGUUGAUUCAUCUGAUUUCAGUUGGUUGGCUCCUCUGAAACAGGCUGUCAAAGUCAGACCUGUGGUUCUGUUCUCACAAAACGACUCAGUUUCCGGAGUUGUUGGAUUAGUGAACUGCAUUCGCAAAGAACCCAAAAUGCAAGCAGUUCGUUGUGUACUGAUCGAUGAUCCAAAAACUCCGGAAUUUUCAUUGAGUGAUCCAUUAUACAUGAACCAGGUGAAGUUAGGACUGGCGAUCAACAUUCUCCGGAAUGGUGUCUGGGGUAGUUACCGUCAUACAUUGAUUUCGAAGAAGCCCAAGACAGAGCCCGUGUCCAAGCAUUGCUACGCUAACGCCCUAACAAAGGGCGACCUAUCGUCGAUGAUGUGGUUCACCGGAGCCUACAACGAAUGGAAUGUUGUGUCCAACAAGGUUAAGGUAUCGUAUUGCACAUUAAACUUCCGCGAUGUGAUGGUUGCCACAGGUCGAUUGUCUUCAGAUGUGAGCUCAUUCAAUCGAUUGGAAGAAGAAUGUGAGCUGGGCUAUGAGUAUGCAGGAGUAACGGAAGAUGGUAGGCGAGUAAUAGGAGUACUACCUUUUGGAGCGUUAUCCACUUUGGUAGAUGCUGAUCCUAUGGCUAUUUGGUAUAUUCCAGAUAGCUGGAGUUUACAGGAUGCUUGUACAGUACCUAUUGUCUACAAUACAGUACUAAUAGCGUUCAAGAUAAGUGCCAAUGUAAAGACAGGUCAAUCUGUGCUAAUCCAUGCAGGUAGUGGAGGCGUUGGAUUAGCGGCAAUCAAUAUUGCACUUGCCUAUGGUAUGGAGGUGUUCACCACUGUCGGUAGCGACGAGAAAGUCAACUAUCUAUUGAACGAGUUUCCUGCACUGAAACGAAAAAACAUUGGGAAUUCAAGGGAUUUGUCAUUCGAAAAGAUGAUCAAAUUGAGAACCAAUGGAAGAGGAGUGGACUACGUGUUGAAUUCAUUAGCUGAGGAGAAGUUGCAAGCGUCUGUGAGAUGCCUGGCAAAGGGUGGUCAUUUCUUAGAAAUUGGAAAGUACGACAUGGCUAGAGAUUCUCAGCUUUCCUUGGAACUUUUCAAAAAAGGAAUAACAUUCACUAGUGUGUUGCUGGAUUCGAUAAUGAGGGAAAAACCUCAGCUGAAACAAGUUGUUAAACGGCUACUGGCAGAGGCGAUCCAGUCUGGCAUCGUGAAACCGCUGAAAACAAAUGUGUUCGAAGCUGCUGAUCUGGAGAAAGCAAUGAGAUUUCUGGCCAGUGGAAAGCACAUUGGAAAAAUCGUUAUAAAACUGCGUGAAAACGAGAAUGACGCCGAGACUCUGCCGAUCACAUAUUACCCGCACGUUUUCUGUAAUCCGGAUCAGGUGUACGUCAUUGUUGGCGGUUUGGGAGGGUUUGGUCUUGAACUAGCGGAUUGGCUUGUACUGCGUGGAUGUAGAAAGUUGGUAUGCAGUUCUAGCCGAGGUGUCACUAAACCGUAUCAGGAAUACAGGAUUAAAACCUGGCAUAAUUAUGGUGUACUCACACACGUGUGCACUGCAGAUGUUACGACAAUGGAAGGUUGUCGUGUCCUUCUGAAGGAAGCAUCACGAUUCGGUUCCGUAUCGGCAAUCUACAACUUAGCUGUACAGCUCCGGGAUGCCAUUCUGGAGAACCAAUCUGUUGAAAAGUUCGUGGAAUGCAUGGCCCCCAAAGCAAAGGCAACUGAGUACCUCGACAAGGUCAGCCGUGAGAUGUGUCCGGAUUUGAAGCACUUCAUUGUGUUCUCCAGCGUUUCUUGUGGACGGGGAAAUGCAGGUCAGAGCAACUACGGUAUGGCAAACUCUGUGAUGGAGAGGAUCAUUGUACGGAGGCAUGCGGAUGGUCUUCCCGGCAAAGCCAUUCAAUGGGGUGCUGUUGGGGAGGUAGGGUUGGUUGCUGAUAUGGCGGAAGAUAAGAUCGACAUGGAAAUCGGAGGAACACUGCAGCAGCGCAUUUCAUCGUGUCUUCAGGAGAUGGAUUACUUGUUGACAUGUGACGCCCCAAUUGUGGCCAGUAUGGUGGUUGCGGAAAAACGAACUGGAACAGCAUCGAAGAACGUGAUCGAAGCUGUUAUGAACAUAAUGAACAUCAAAGAUUUAAAGUCAGUUUCGAUGGAAAGUACACUGGCAGAUAUAGGAAUGGACUCAUUGAUGGCGGUAGAAAUCAAACAAGUCUUGGAAAGAGACUUCGAUAUGGUUUUGUCUCCUCAAGACCUGAGAACAUUAUCCUUUGCGAAAUUGCUGAAAAUGGACGAGGAGAAGAAGCAAGCAAUAAAGGAUAUAGAAAUACAGGAAAGUGAACUAUUGGAGAUUAAAAUGCAAAUGUUGUUGAGAAAUCUUGGUAACGAGAUAACCAGUGAUGCGACGAUUUUGAGGCUAACAUCAGCUGGUAAUGAUGGUCGUCCGAUUUUGUUCAUUCCUGGUAUUGAAGGUGUAGCAGGGAAUGUUUGGAAGACGAUUGCUGAACAAGUAAAAUCUCCAGUGUACAUGCUUCAGUUAUCAAAAACCUUGGAUUGCAAAAGCAUCCCAGCUAUUGUAGAGUGUAUCAUAGAUGAGGUUUGCGAAACAAUGUUCAAUGAGUUCAAUGACUUUGCAAUAGUGGCUUAUUCGUUCGGAUCUCUGAUUGCAAUCGAGAUUGCAAGGUAUCUUCAGACGAAAGGCAUUCGCGGGAAACUACUACUACUGGAUGGUGCACCAAAGUACUUGAAGCGUUGGUCACUCAAACACCUGAACAACAACCCAUCAGAUGACGAAAUUCAGAAGCUCAUAUUGCUUGUUUUGUUUGCCAUGGUAUUUCCGGAUCAACCUUCCGAUAAGGCAACGGCUAUCCUAGAGCUUGAAUCUUUUAACGAUCAAAUUGAGAAGCUGAUCGAACUGGGCGCUGAACAGAGUGAAUACUCACCAGACUACACAAGGAAGAUGACGAAAGCGCUUUGCAAGAGAAUAAAAAUGACGUCCCUGUUGAACUUGGAUGAAGAUCAGCCGUUAGACCUCCCGGUUACGCUGGUGCGACCAGUCGACGCAUCUUUCACGGACAUUGAAGAAGAUUACGGGUUGGCCAAUUAUACGACAGGGAACAUUACAUUGCGAAUGGUUGAAGGAACUCAUUCAUCGAUGUUGGAAAAUGCUAAUCUUGCUGACAUUAUAAAUAAAUUUGGCUGUUUCUAGUUUCUAGUUUCUUACGCUAUUAAAAAAGCUUCUGCAAUUACAAUGGACAAUGGAAAAUACACGGAAUAUUUCUAAAUUUGAACCUAUAACUUUACUGCUGUCGUAAAAUAAACUUGUAAAGAGAUGUGAAUAAACGACGUAGAACAAAUGUUCGGCAUCCCGGCCCAAACCCUCUCUCAUCAUGGACUUCUGUAGGCAAAACAUUGCGCUAGCCCGAUAGAUUCGUACAAUCGUUUUUUUUAAUUUAUAUGAGAGCUUGGGCAUUUCGAUAGCAUAAUGGAUAAGACUUUGGUUCGGAUGUCCAGAGAGGGCGAAAUAAAAUACU